UUAUCACCCUCUUCCUCCUCAUACAACAUUUGACACUUCAUUCAUAAAUUUUCUUUGUCUAUUAGCUACAAAAGGUAGAAGAAUUUAUUGAUUUGAGAGACAAAUAAAGAGCAAAAAAGCUUGUCUCAAAUUUACUAUUCAACAACAAAAUUUCAGGGUUUUGAUUAGUUUCUUUAGUCUAUUUUGUUCUUGUAUUGUUCUUGUAUUGAAAGAUUAAUGUCUCUGUUUGCUUCACUUGCCAUUUAUAAAGUUGCCAAAGAUGCAGCUGGAAUUGCUGGUAACAUCUUUGCUUUUGGGUUAUUUGUAUCUCCAAUACCUACAUUUAGGAGAAUUAUCAGAAAUGGGUCAACAGAAAUGUUCUCAGGGUUGCCAUAUAUUUACUCCUUAUUGAACUGUUUAAUCUGUUUGUGGUAUGGAACUCCUUUGAUAUCACAUGAUAAUAUUUUGGUUACAACGGUUAAUUCGAUUGGAGCGGUUUUUCAGUUUGUGUACAUAAUCCUCUUCAUGAUGAGUGCUGAGAAAGAAAAGAAGGUGAGAAUGCUUGUAUGGUUGAUGGGUGUUCUUGGCGUAUUUGCGAUCAUAUUGAUUGGGAGUUUGCUAAUUGACGAUGUUAUAAUGCGCCGCCUCUUUGUUGGGAUUUUGAGUUGUGUGUCUCUUAUUUCGAUGUUUGCGUCUCCGUUGUUUAUAAUUAAAUUGGUUAUCCAGACAAAAAGUGUUGAGUUCAUGCCAUUUUAUCUCUCACUUUCCACCUUCCUAAUGAGCACGUCUUUCUUAGUUUACGGAAUACUCAGCGAUGAUAUCUUCAUCUAUGUGCCAAAUGGGAUAGGAACCAUUUUGGGAAUGACUCAGUUGAUAUUAUACUUCCACUAUGAGAGUAAAUCUAGAAGAGCCGUCGAAGAACCGUUGAUCGUGUCAUAUGCAUGAUCACUUCUGCUGUAAAGACGAAGAUUCGAAGAAGUUAUUAGAUAUGAAGUUUUGCUGCUGCCGGCUUGAUAUAUGGUCUGAAACCGGAGCUCGCAAUGUUGCUAUUUGGUUCAAAUUAUUGGUACAAUGUCUGUUGCACCCUUGAGAGUGACCAGAAGCUGCAAAGAAGAAUAACUUCAGAUAUUCUGUAUAUAUUGUAUGUCUUUUUGGGGGAAGGUGAAGUAUGUAUUGAAGUUCAAAUGGUAGUAUUAUAGAAAGAAAUGUAUUUUGCACCAUUUCUGCAUUUGUUGGUGGCCUCUCUCACAUUGAGUGAGGCAUUUUUUUGAAGUACAUAUGAUGUAAGAAACAAAUAUAUUCAUAUUAUUUUGAGAGGCAUGUAGAUUGCUGGAAGUGAUCUAUUUCCUGUAUUA